UGCCGUCGUCUCUAGAGGAGUACAUCAAGCGGAUAGUGACGGACUCUCUCAACUGGAGCGGCAAUGGCGAUUCGAGCAUUUUCAAGAUCAAAAAUCCCAAUUUUCUCUGCAAAAAUCCUGCAAAGCCUAAUCAAAUCACCUAUUAAAGAGUCUACAAAGUUCCAAUUUCCAGUUCUAGAAGUGGCUUCGAACAAACCCCUCCUUGGUUUGAAGCAUUACCACGACGGAAGGCCAAGAGGACCCCUUUGGAGAGGGAAGAAACUGAUCGGGAAAGAAGCCCUCUUUGUGAUAUUGGGUUUGAAAAGAUUCAAAGACGAUGAAGAGAAGCUUCGCAAGUUCAUUAAGUCACAUGUGUUGAGGCUCCUGAAGAUGGAUAUGAUUGCUGUGCUCACUGAGCUUGAGCGCCAAGAGGAGGUUACACUGGCUGUUGAGGUGUUUAGAGUGUUUCAAAAGCAAGACUGGUAUAAGCCUGAUGUCUAUUUGUAUAAGGACUUGAUUAUUGCAUUAGCAAAAUGCAAAAAAAUGGACAAUGCAAUGCAAUUGUGGGAAAAUAUGAGAAAGGAGGAUUUGUUCCCUGAUUAUCAAACAUACACAGAAGUCAUUCGGGGGUUCUUGAGACAUGGGUCACCUGCAGAUGCUAUGAACAUAUAUGAAGACAUGAAGAAGUCUCCAGAUCCACCAGAGGAGUUGCCAUUCAGGAUAUUGUUGAAGGGACUUCUGCCACAUCCCCUUUUGAGAAAUAGAGUCAAGCAAGACUUUGAGGAGAUAUUUCCCAAUCGGCAUGUUUAUGAUCCUCCAGAAGAGAUAUUUGGCAUACACUAAGGUUUCAAAGAAUUGCUCACAUCAAUUGAAGGCAAGAUUGGACAGAGAAUGUGAAGGAGAAGGGUUUAUUGUUCUACAAGUGGAAACAGGAGCAUGGAAAUUCCACCACAAAAGGGCUCAUAUCUCACUUAGCUUCAGUAGUUGGAGCUUCUCUGAGUAUAAAGUCUGAUGUAUUGCAAGAAGUUUUCCUUUUUCGAGAGAGAAAGAGAUGCUCUACAUUUUUCCAUAAAAAUGUGAACCAUUUUGAGAGAGAGAGAGAGAGAGAGGAAUGCUCUACAUUCGUCUUGCAUGCAUUUUCAUACUGACAAUAAAUUUUGUUAACAAUGAAUAAUAAUCAUAUUAUUUUCUCUUUUAUGUCAGCUUUAUGUGAUUAUCUUC